AUGGGCAUUUUAUUCGGUCAAUUGGUCGAUGAUUUGAACUCCGCGACGUGUAGUGCAGGCAUUGGUGAUGCAGAUGCGUAUCAAUCUUCCGUCGACGACAAAGUGCUACAAGUCGUCUACAUCAGUAUAGGUGGCUUCGCUGCCAUAUACAUCUACGUCCUGUCCUGGAGUCUGGUCGGCCAGCGACUUGCCCAGCGGAUCCGCGAAAAGUACUUCAAAAGUUUACUACGGCAACAAGUUUCUUUCUUCGACAACCUCCAAGCGGGCGAAGUUUCAUCCCGCUUGAAUGGUGAUAUUACCAUCAUUCAAACCGGAACUUCCGAGAAAGUCGGCAUCUGCAUUGCUAGCUGCUCAUUCUUUGUCACUGCCUACAUUGUCGCAUUCAUCAAGGAUGCCAGACUAGCCGGCAUUCUAGUUUCCCUGGUUCCAGCUUUCCUUCUCAUGUCUUUAGUUGGCGGCAAAUUCGUCGGAAAAUACUCCACGCAGAUGACCAACUAUGCUGCGUCUGCUGCGUCUAUCGCCUCCGAGGCUCUAUCACAUGUCUAUGUCGUACACGCAUUCGGAGCGAAUGCACGUCUAGAGAGCAAGUUUGCUGGGAAUCUUAUGAGCGCUCAAAAGUCUGGCAUCAAGAAGGCCCUUGCCGCGGCCGCGCAGUCCGGCAUGUUAUAUUUCAUCGCAUACUCAGCAAAUGGUGUCGCAUAUUGGCAGGGCAGUAGAACAAUUGCAAAUGCUGUCGCCUCAGAAGAUGAAAACUCCACGGUUGGAAAGACUUACACAGUCAUUUUCAUCCUCGUUGAUGCUUCUCUCAUACUCAGUCAAAUCGCACCGCUCCUUCAAAUCUUCGGAUCUGCCUCAGCUGCAUUUUUGAAACUCCGCAAAGACAUUGAGCACGUAUCAACCAUUGAUGGUACGGUAGACCCUGGAAACAAGCCGCCUUUGACAGGGCCUGGCCAUGUUGAGUUCCGCAAUGUUUCGUUCAGCUACCCAUCGCGACCAGAUCAAGAGGUUCUUCAGGACAUCUCUUUGACUUGUCCGGCAGGACAGCAUACAGCGAUCGUCGGUUUAUCUGGCAGCGGUAAGUCUACACUUGCCAGUUUGCUUGUCAGACUUUACGAUCCCACCAAAGGACAAGUGGUCCUGGACGGCCAAGACAUCUCUGCUCUCAAUGUACGAGGUCUGAGGAGUGUAAUUGGACUCGUUCAGCAAGAGCCACUACUUCUUGACCGAUCAAUCCUGGAAAACAUUGCGCUUGGCCUCAUCAAUUCCGCGGAACAUGCUCAAAUGAGACCGAUCCUCCAAGGUCCACAGCUGUCCAAUGUUGCUGCAUCCGUAAGAAAUGGAGAAGAUGUCAUGGAGGCCGCGAAAACGCUGGGUGCCCAAGUUGUCAACAUUGUGGAUGCAGUACGACGAGCUGUCAGCCUGGCGGACGCUACUGAGUUCAUUUCUCGUCUCCAGUAUGGCCUUGGAACAAUGGUUGGCUCUAGCGGAAACCUAGUUAGUGGAGGACAGAGGCAACGGCUUGCACUAGCGCAAGCACUUAUUCGCGAUCCCAAAGUCCUUGUUCUUGAUGAAGCCACAUCUUCCCUUGAUUCAAUGAGCGAGAAACGAAUUCAGGCAUCAAUCGAAUCGAUCGCAUGUGGGAGGACGUUGGUAUCAAUUGCGCAUCGUCUCUCGACAAUCAAAAAUGCCGACAACAUCAUCGUGAUGGGGAAAGGUCAAAUCCUCGAACAGGGCAGCUACGACGAGCUGGUGGAAAUUGGCGGAUCGUUUGCAAACAUGAUACAUCUACAAAGCAGUUCAACAUCUCAAGGCGAUACGUCAUCUAGGCAGAGCCUGACGGACGUCUCAAUUGAUGACACUACGAACGCGAAAGACGACCUCGUAUCCAGCGUCAAGCAUUCGGAUAGCAAGUUGAACGAUGAUUCAAAGCCAGGCGAUACAGAGAAUGAUACCACAUCAAAGGAUACGGAUGGAUCUGAGUCGAAGUCUACCAAAUCGAUUUGGUCGUUCAAACGUUCAGCCUGGAUAUUCCGGCCAUACCUUUUGUCUUUAAUUCUAGCCUUUUCCACCUCAAUCGUCGUUGGAGGCUCUUACUCCGGUUCUGGGGUUAUUUUCGGAAACACAGUCGCUAGUCUCAGCCCCUGCAAUGAGCCGGAUCGUAUUCGUUCUCGUGGAGCACUUUUUGCACUGCUCUUCUUUUUGCUAGGAGUCAUUGAGUUCUUUGCCAAUUUUAUCAGCUGGUCGGCCUUUGGAUUCGUGGCGGAGAAGCUCCUCUACGUAGUCCGCGUUCUAUCUUUCCGGUCACUCUUCGAACAAGACUUGCAGUGGCAUCAAUCGUUAGACAGAAACCCUACAAUGCUUCUUUCUUACAUUACAAGAGAUAGUAGCGAUCUUGCUGGCUUUACCGGAUCGAUCAUGGGUACUAUUUUCUCCAUUGUCGUCAAUCUCUUCGCAGCUAUCAUUCUUUGCCACAUUGUAGCCUGGAAGAUUGCCAUCGUGUGCCUUACCACAGUCCCGAUCUUGCUCGGCUCUGGAGUGAUGCAGCUCCGCGUUCUUUCCAAGUAUCACGAGCGUCACGCAACAGCGUUCUCAACUUCCGUCGGCAUGGCAGUAGAGGCUAUCAAUUCCAUCAAAAUGGUGUCGGCUUUAUCCCUCGAAGAUGAGAUAUUAGCCACCUACCGUCGUUCGCUGCAAACUCCACGGAAGGAGAUGGUCGUUGCCAGCGCAUAUGCUAACUUAUGGCUUGCUAUCGCGAACAGCUGCGGGAACUUCACCUACGCUCUUGCAUACUGGUGGGGAGCAAGACAGAUCAUUGCCGGAAAGUACAAUCAAACUCAAUUCUUCAUCGUCGUCCUAGCUAUGCUCGUGAGCGCACAGCUAUGGGGUCAGAUGUUUGCGCUUGCGCCGGACGUGUCUCGCGCCCGAUCUGCUUUGUCGAGGAUUGUAGGUCUCAUUGAUAUUGGUUCUUCAAAGACUUUAGAACCGAAAAAUCAAGAUCCAGAUUCACCAGAAUCGAGCGAAAAGGAUGUGGAAGCAUUUGCAAACUCCAAAGAGAAACCUAACUCAAGGAACGGUGUUAGCGUCAGCUUCAAAGAUGUCUCAUUUUCAUAUCCCGCCCGCCCCGACAUUCAAAUCCUAAAUGAAAUGUCGUUCACUGUUCAACCCGGCCAAUUCUGCGCUCUCGUCGGUCCUUCAGGUGCUGGAAAAUCCACAGUCAUGGCCCUCAUCGAGCGCAUGUACGCACCCACAUCUGGUACCGUUGAGAUUGACGGUUUCGACCUCUCGAAACGACAAGGCACCGCGUUCCGAUCUCAGAUUACGCUCGUCCCACAAGACAGUGUCCUCUUUGAAGGCAGCGUCCGUUUCAAUGUUUCACUAGGGGCGCAUCCGGAUCACGAAGCUACCGAUGCCGAGAUCGAAGAAGCCUGCAAGCUUGCGAACAUCCACAGCACCAUCGUGUCAUUGUCUGACGGCUACGAUACUGAAUGUGGUCCCAACGGCUCCCAGCUCUCUGGUGGUCAACGACAGCGUCUCGCAAUUGCGCGUGCGCUGGUGCGAAAACCGAAACUGCUGCUCUUAGACGAGAGUACGAGUGCAUUAGAUGCGGAGAGUGAGAAACUACUUCAAGAUGGGCUUGAGAAGGCUGCGAGAGAUAUCACGGUCAUAGCAAUUGCUCAUCGGCUGCAUACUAUCCGUAAGGCCGAUGUGAUUUUCCUUGUUGAGGGUGGCACAGUCGUUGAUAGAGGGAGGCACGAAGAGUUGAUUGAGAGAAGCCAAAGCUACAGAGUGAAUGCCCUUCACCAGAUGAUGGACUGA